ACGCUACACACUUCUUUCUGUCAUUUUAAUGUUUCAAGUUUCAGCUUUGAAGUACACUAGUACAUUUACAGUCAUUCUAGAUUUCUAGGCUUCUACACCUUGUUUAAGUUAUUAGGAUAUUAUGAUGGAGGAAAAGAGAGAUGAUUUGUUUGGUAGAUUACCAAAUGAGAUCAUUUGCCAUAUCAUUUCUUUUCUUCCUUCAGAAUCUGCAUUAGAAACUAGUUUAAUUUCAAGUAGGUGGAGAGGUCUAUGGAACACAUCUUUAGUUCAACGUGUAGCUAUAGAUGAAGUUCCUGAUGCAGUUUCUGAGUUUAUAUCCCAUUUUGACAAACUCAAUCCCUUAAGGCACCCGAGAAGGCUAAAAUUGUACUUCGGUGAAGGGAAAAAGGAGGAGUACCCUCUAAGGCAUUUUGAUUUGCAGUUGCAGCUCAAAUAUGACCAAAAUGUCCAAAACCUGCUUGUAGCUCACCACCAACCUUGUCCCUCUACUUUCUAUGUCAAAACUCUUUUUCUAAAAUCUGUUAACAAUGUUAUCAAUGAGGCAGUUUCUUCUAUGUUUUCGAGUUUUCAGUUCCUUGAACAAUUGAAGAUCAUUGAAUGUGAUGGGUUACAAAGUUUGCAUAUCGAGUCCAGUCCAAAGCUACUCAGCUUAACCAUCUUGGACUGUCAGCACCUAAAUUCUCUCCACCUCAGAACCUCUAAACUUCAAUCAUUUCAUUAUCGAGGUUUCCUCCCUCGGAUUUGGCCAGAACAUCAUUUCAACCUGGCAGAUUCCAUGCUUGAUUUCAGAUUCGGCCCCAGCUACACCGGUUUCAGCAGUAGCGACUUUGAUCCAUUGUUGUUAACCAUAAAAAAUGCUCAGGUUCUUAAAGUAUGCAGAUGGACUUUUCAGACACUGAUCUGGCCAUCGAUUUCGCCUCUACAAGCAAAGUUCAUGUUUUAUAAGGUGAAAGAGUUAUGGUGGAUUGAUAAUGAGGAGGAAUGUUACAACAGUGAUGCCUUGAUUUCCUUUCUAAAACUGUGUCCUGUUUUGGAAAGACUGUUUGUAACUAAUGAUCCUGAAAGCUACUGCAUAACAAGCACAGCUCCAACCUCAAAGAUAGUCAAAAGCCAUACAAAAUUUGGUCGUCUCGAAGUGAUUAAGAUGGUAGAGCAUGUCAAUGACUUGGGUACACAACAUGUUCAUUAUAUGGGCCUAUAG